AUGAGCACAAAAAACUCCAUAUUAUUUUUCAUGGAAGAACAGCAGAAAAUAUUGUAUUUUGCCUCUGGAAAGAGAUGAAAGAAUCGUGUACUUGAAGAGGUCUUUCGAGACUUUUUCUUUUACCACAUAUCAUUACUAAACUCUUGGCAAAUGGCAAGCAUUAUAUGCCUCGCUGACGUAGAAGGAGUAUUCACAACGGGGGGUGUGACUUGGCUUUUGUUAAGUCGACGAACUGACUUUUUUGUUGAAGUCGAAAAAAGUUUCUUUUUGAAGCAUUUUAGGGCAAGAAAAGGUGAGGGCUAUUUUAAACAUUUAAAAUAA